UAGGCACCAAAGAUAAUCCUAUUUAUGAAGCAGAAUUCGGGUCUUCCUCAAAAGGAGGCGGAGAAGCGAUUGUAAAGAAGGAUGAGCAUCGUCACUUGAAUCAAUUUAUUGUUCAUUCUGCAUUAGAUGUUGUUGAAGAGAUGCAAUGGAAUACGAAUACAAUGUAUCUCAAGUCCGUAGAUAAAUUCAAUGAAUGGCAUGUUUCAGCGCAUGUAACUGCUGGAAAUAUUAAAUUUAUGUUAUUACAUGAAACAAAGAGUGAAGAUGUUAUACGGAAUUUUUUUAGCGAGUGCUAUGAACUGUACAUUAAGGUCUUGUUGAAUCCAUUCUAUGAACUCAAUUUACCGAUAACUUCCCCUGCUUUCGAUAAUCGUGUUCGAGUUAUUGCAAAAAAGUAUUUAGGAAAGGAAUAA